GUGGGAGGCUGCUGUGCGCCACGUGUUCCAGCGAGUGGACCCCUCAGAGGCAUCCCUCACCGUGCGCCUGCACGACUCGCGGGGCGGCUUCCGCCGCAAGAUGCGCCUCCUGGGGCAGGCCACCAUCCACUGCAGCCACAUCAAGGCGAGGCGGGCGGCGGGCGGGCUGGGUGGUGCGGCGGGUGGGCUGGGGCGGGUUGCAGCAGGGGCAGCCACUCACGGCGGGGGCCCGCUGCAGGGCGACAACCCCGUGUAUGUGUGGGUGCCGCUGCGCGGCAGCGUGGGCAGCGUGGCGGGGUCGGGGUGCGAAGGCGACCGCCAGAGCAUCAAGAGCUUCAAGGACAUCCGGCUGGAGGUGGGGGCCAUGGACCUGAUGACCGACGAAGCCUUCCUGGAGGCGCUGCUCUCUUUCAUCACAUCCAUACCCGCCGCUGACGUGCACCAGGACCGCCCCUGGCGCCAGCAGCAGCGCCGCCUGCUGGCCGCGCAGUUUGGGCCGCGAGAGGUGGAGAGCCUGGCGGUCAACGCGGUGGUGCCGCGCCUGAUCAAGCGCCCCAACAGCGCGCUGGAGGCGGGGGCGCGCGCCCCCAUGGAGCUGCUGUAUGGAGUCACCGCCGCCGCCUCGGGGCUGCUGCUGGAUCCAAUGGCGGGCUGGCAGGAGAACAAGCGGACGGGGCUGGCGCUGGGCCUGGCCAAGGGCGUGGUGGGGCUGCACGUGCGGCCGGUGGUGGGCGUCAUUGAGUGCUCAUCCAAGGUGCUCCACUCGCUGGCGCUGGCCACGCUGGGCAGGGAGGGCAUCCUGGGGAAGAUGCAGCGCCGCGUCAAGGCGCCCGGCGCCUUCUCGGACGAGGCGGCGGAGCAGCUGGAGGAGGGGCAGCGGCGGGAGGCGGCGGCGCAGCAGCGCGCGCUCAUGGCCGCCUGGCAGCGCGUGCUGCCAGAGUUCUUCCCCCAGAUGGCCGAAGAUACGGUGGAGGACGUCAUCAACAUCCGCUCCACCCGCGUGGUGCUCAUCACCGACAAGCAUCUGGCCUACCUGCGGGCGCGCCACAUGCGCCACCACUCCAUGUACCGAGCCAAGUGGCUGGUGCCGGUGUCGGAGAUACAGAACCUGAGGGGCGACAGCGAGAGCUUCAAGAUCUCCAUCACACACGUCCACCGCUACAGCCUGUGGGUCAUGGGUGUGUGGCCGGUGCAGAAGAAGAAGGGCAUGCGGUGCGCGACCCGCGCCAUCUACGAGCGCAUGGUCAUCAAGCUGUCCCGCCUACUGCAAAAGGGGCGGGGCGAGGGCGGCGAGGAGGAUGCUGCGGACGCGGGGCUGGCCAGGUUUGCGGGCGCUGACCUGGCGGACCUCACAAUACUGUCCUCGCCCUACGCCGAGCCCGCCGCCGGCAGCAGGCCGGGCGUGCCGCUGGCGCUGAUGCCGCCGCCGCCGUCGCUGCCGCCGUCGCCGUCGCACGCGGCGCCGCAGUGAGAGGCAGCGGCAGCCAGCGGGCGCCACUGUGGGCAGGCAGCAGCACAGGUCGGGGGGCCAGAUGCUGCUGCACAGCCGCAGGCAGGCGUCUGCUGCCGCCGCUGCCCAACACACCCAACCGGUUACUUCUACGGACAAACAACACCCAAGAAGACUUAGAUUGCUAGCACUGCAUUGCACUGUUUUUUUACCCAUUCGCUUGUCGCAUGUCAGGUUAGCGCAUGCAUCUGCUUCCCGCUUCUGCUUCUUUUUUGCCCCAUGCUUUUCCAAUCCAUCACAGGCUAUGUAGCCUAUACACUUAGUUGGUGCACAGGGUAACACAACACACCCAUC